AUGGAUCCCACGUACUCGUACUACUCGUCCCCCAACAACAACUCCCCCACCCAGCAGAACGCGCGCGCCCACGCCUACCCCCGCCAACCCGACCAGCAGCAGCCCUCGGGGGGCCCUCCAUUCGCCUACACCCACGCGCCGACAUCGCUUUCAGGGACGGGUGUGCAAGUCCCGCCACCAUACCAUCACGGCAGCGCGUCCGGCUACCCCCAGUCCCACGCGUCGGGCUACCACCACCACCACCACCACCACCAGCAGUCGAUGACCAGCGCGAACGCGCUCCCCCCGCUCGUCCACGCGCACGCGUAUUCUGCCCGCGAUGUCAGCCGGCAUGACGUCCCGAGCGGGUUCGCAGUGCCUUCGCUCGGCCCGACCUUGCACGAUCUGCCGUUCGCUGCGGCCCGUCCCUCCUCUUCGCCCUCUUCGGGCAACAGACAGAGCGGCAGCUGGGGCACCGCGCACCAGCCGUCGCGCACCCCGCCUCUGUACGACCGCCAGGCGAGCUAUCCUCCUUCGCGGCACGGGUCGCACCAGCCGUCUCUCUCCCACUCCACCCACCUCAUCCCGACCCCAGCGCAAGCGGCGCAAAGCUACCACAACUACCCGUCUAACGCGUCCCCUUCGCCGCCGCUCUCCGCCGUCAUGCCGGUCGUGGCGGCGAUCCCUCCCGCGUCGUCCUCGUCGCCGCCGCAGGAGAGGUACUACUGCGACAAGUGCGACAAGUCGUUCGGGCGCGCGCACGACAAAAAGCGGCACUUCGAGAGCACGCACCUGCAGCAGUCGCACGCGUGCCGGUUCUGCACGAAGACGUUCAGCCGGAACGACUCGCUGAAGCGCCACCAGGACAACGGCUGCGACAAGGACCCGGAAUUCAACGCGUGA